UCCUCAAUAUUGAAAUGUGACAUUGCUCUCAACAUCUCACAUCUCUCUGGAUUUCUUUUUUCUCAUCAUUACUGCUAACAAAUUCAUUUCCAGACUUUGCACUUUUAAGAAGCAAUGGAAAAAAUCAACAGUCUUUCAACACAAUUAGUUAAGUGCUGCUUUUGUGAUUUCUUGAAGGUGAAGAUGCACACUGUGUCCUACAUUCAUUUCUUCUACCUUGGCCUGUGUUUGCUUACCUUAACCAGUUCUGCUGCUGCUGGCCCAGAAACACUCUGUGGAGCUGAGCUGGUUGAUGCUCUUCAGUUCGUGUGUGGAGACAGAGGCUUUUACUUCAGUAAGCCUACAGGGUAUGGAUCCAGCAGUAGACGCUUACACCACAAGGGAAUAGUGGAUGAAUGCUGCUUCCAGAGUUGUGACCUGAGGAGGCUGGAGAUGUAUUGUGCUCCAAUAAAGCCACCUAAAUCUGCACGCUCUGUACGUGCUCAGCGCCACACUGAUAUGCCAAAAGCACAAAAGGAAGUGCAUUUGAAGAACACAAGUAGAGGAAACACAGGAAACAGAAACUACAGAAUGUAAGAACAUGCCAUCCACAAGAAUGAAGAAUGAAUGUGCCAUCUGCAGGAUACUUUGCUGUAAAUAAAUUAUUUGUUAAACAUUGGAAGACUUAAAAAAACCUAUGGUUUAAUAAGCUUGAUGCAAUCUCAACCGAUGGGCAUUCUCCCAGUGAACAAUGCAACUAAACAUUCCAAUAUUAAGUCGUUAGAGAACAGAACAUUUUAACCAGCCCAGAGCUAAAAAAUUCUGUGGCUGAUAUAUUACUGUUUGUUAACCUGUUUUAAAUGUCCUGCACAAAAUCUCUUAAAGUCCUGUGCCCGUCAAAAGCCUAAAAAAUUACGGGCCUUUGAUGGCUCCAAUUGCACUAAAUUAACCUAUGAACACUGGCUGCUGGAGUCAUUCAUCAGCCUUGUCUAAGUGGUGUUUUUUUUAUUUGCACUUCUAUACAAGCAACAGGCUGUUUGUUUUACAGUGUCUGAUAACAUUGUUUGUCUACCCCUUCAUAUUUGCACAGUUUGACAUUCCCAGUAACAGCAGCAGUAAGGUAACAUAUACAGUUUAAAACAUCCAUUAAUUCCAUCUGUGGCAUUUUGACAGAAUAUGGGUUAUAGAUGCAUUUGUUUUAAGACAGUUUUAUUUUUCCUUCUCUUGCAAAGAUGCAGUUUAUUGCAAUUUGUGAGACAAAAGAUUUUUAAAAGCAGUUAAAGCAUACAUAGGCUCUCAAACCAUUAAUGAUUCUUCCAGGUAAUUAUUUUGCAACAAUAUAGGUAACUUCUUUCUUCCUCCAUAUAAUGCAGUAUGUAAAAUUUAGCAUAUCAGUAAUACACAUAUAUCAAACAGUAUGUUAAAAUCUCUGUUUUAUAGUACAACGGUGCUAUUUUAUAGUUUGUUACAUGAAAGGGUCUGGCCAAAACGGUAAUAGGUAAAAGCAAAUACGGAAAGACCAAGCCAAAGAUUAAAUAACAAAAUUGUUUUAAAAAUAUUCAGUUUAAAUGAACUAAAAUGGCUUCAUAUUCCAACAUGGAAAUAACCUUCCCAUCUUCAAAAGAAAAUUCAGAUACUUGUUUCAUUUUAGAUGUUUGAAUAUUGGUGUUUCCACUUACACCCACUUAUGUGGAACACAAAUUCAUAGAUGCCUAGGCCCAGAGAAGGCAAUCUGAAAAACAACCCGCAAGUGACUUCAAAGUGUUGCCCAUCAGCGCCUAAAUCUUUCUGAAAUAUCAGCAUUCUAUUCAAACGUAACAGAGGGUUACUCAAGUUUCUCUGCCAUUUUAAUUCUUCCCACAACCAGAUGUGACUAAAUUGACUGUUGAUUAGGCUGCUGCAUGUCUCUGUAAAUUAGAGAAGCUAGUCUAAUCACCAAAUUACAGUGUAGAAAGAGUUCUCAAGAAGAGAUGAGCCAUAACGUCCUUCAAACUGCUAUUCACAAUAGCUAUUCAUGCACUCUUGUGGGAGACAUAUAUUUCCAGAUAACCUCUGCCGUGUAACCUUGAUAGGUACUGCACUGAUUCGACUCUGAAUAACACUGUGUCCUAUGCUCUAUUUUAGUAAACCAUCUCAGUGCUUGAUGGGCCAAGCAGUAAAGGGGGAUAGGUAGCCAACAGUGUCCCAAGGUGAGCAAUAAAUUUCUCUGUGAGGGAAGGCAAGAGAAGGCAGGGGAGAAUGGCCUAUUCCAUCCUAUCCAGAACUGCAACAUGGUUCCACUUGGCUUCUUCUCCCCAUCACCGUGCACGCAGUAUGCUCAGACAAUGGAUGAAGGAUCACCUGGUCAGCCCCAAAGAGGGCAGGGAGAAUACUGUAUGAAGCAAACAAUUAGGGAGAUGUUAGAUUAGAUCUGUAAAAGAAGUAUCUCCUUCUAAAGGUUCAGAUCUGCCUUACUUCCUGUGACAUCCAUGGGAGUAGAUGACUGAACUAUUGAUUAAAACACAAGAGAAGAAUAUCUGUAGAUUGCACAUUGUACAGCUCCUCAAUAGUUUCCUGUGAAACAGACAGGGAAGGUGGUCUUAAAAGUCUAACAAAUUAUUAUAGCUCCUUUUUUUAUUCCCAUAGAAAAUUUGGGCUUCGUAUUUUUCCAAAGAAAGUGCAAUGUAUUCCUAUGCAAUUCUUUAAACCCCCCGCUUUCUGUGAGAUACAUGUUUAUAUGUACAAUAGGCUGCCAUCACAAUGUAAAAGCAGAACAGUAAAUGAAUAAAAAGAAUAUGUCACAGGUAUCACUGACUGAGAUAGUUGUGUUGCACAAGGAAGAAAGUACAGAGAAACAGAUGGGGAAACUAACCUAAAUUAUUUACCACCAUUUCAAUAAACAGAAGUAGCAAUUCUGAUAUCUAUCACAGCUCUUCAGGCCUUUUUUUGUCUGAGGGGAUGGAGGGGCAAGUAUUUUUACUUCAAUGGCUGUUACGAAUUCUGAAAUGCAUUCUAAGAAUAAGCCACUAUUUAGAUGUCACAGACAUAAUACAUAUUUCCCUUUCAUGUCCCAUGACUCACUCUGUCCCCUACCUCCUCUGAAGUUCUAAGGGAAGAAGAGAGGAAAGGUGUGAGCACAAAAAGCAAUUUGCACAUCUCUGUGGUGGCAAAUUUCUUUGUAGAUAACAUUUUACUGAUGCAUUGUUAACAUAACUGAAUAACCGUACAUCAUUGUGCUAUUUAAUUUCUGUAAAUUAAUUCAAAUUUUGGUCUUAUCUUGGGAUUCAUGCACUCACAUUCAUGCCACCGCAUUUCUUCUGUUGAAAAAUCAAAUUAGAAAAUGUCACUCAGACAGCAAUAUCUAACAUCAGAGCUUGGCAACUGUCUAAACAAAUUAGAACAACUCUUGAAAGAAACUACAAUAAAUAAUGAAUAGCUACAAGCUUCACAGGCAACGCUUUGCUUUACUAGAGAAUAAAUGUUGUCACAAAAUUGAGAGUACCUCCACCACCGUAGAGGUGAGAAAUGCAUGGAUGGGAAAUGCAUACUUGUAUAAGAAAUCUGCAGUCAUAUGGCAGGGAGCACAUGAUAUACCAGUCAGUGUGAAAGAUAAAGGGCUGCAUUAGCUUAAUAAUCUCAAUAAAUCCGCUACUUAAAGGAAGUUGAAGCAUGAGCCAAAACAUCGCCCUCCCAAAAGUACAAAGUAGUCUGGCUUGAAAAACUUCUAAUUAGAGAAAAUGAAGGGUUCAGCUGGAUUUUCAAAAGCACUCCAGAUAUUUAGGAACAGGGCUCCCACUGGAUGCCACUGAUUCUGAUAAAACAAUUAAGUGGUAAAGAAAAUCCCACUCCCCAUUCUUCCAUAUCAUGUAAAUCACAUGACAGAAGUCACAGAUUUUUGCAUUCUAGAACAGACAUAAAACUCCAAUUAUUACACAGAAUGUCACUGAAGUACAGAAGUAAAAAUGUAAAUUAAACCUCAUUAUUUUCAGUUAUUUCCAAAAGGACUGCAGAUCUAAACCCACUGAAGUUAACAUAUCUCUUUCAUCAAGGUAGCAAAACUUGAGACUCAUCUCCAUAGUAACCAUAAUUAGUCAUUAAGAGUUUAAAUGGAAAAUGAAUAAAUUUCAUAUUCUGCUCAAAAUGUACUUACAAACCUACACUUACAUUUGUGUGAAAGACUUGUAUGAGGCUCAUUUGUACCAUUCAGUCAAGAUAGAAAAGAAAAUCAAAUAAUGGGAUACUGCAUUCAGUCCCUGUAGAUAACGUUACAGUAGGCUCCCUUUGCCCAAAACAGAUUACAAUUCCAUUUUAGAGAUUAAAGGGUAAAUUAGUGCUAGGCUUUCUUUACAGAAGUGAAUUCCAUACACAACUAGUAGCUAUGUUCAGUUUCCCCAUGAGCUGGUUGUUGAUUUAGUAUCAAUGGUUAAGGUUGAUUAAUGAAGACUCUAGGCCAAGCACUGUGUCUUCCUGGCUCUCCAUUUUAACUAGCAAGUGCAUGAUAAGACAAGUUUAGAAAAGCGUAUGCAUAUUUGCUUUACCUCUUACUGAUUUGGCCAACAAUGCCAAAGUGGUGCUAUUGUUUUGUUUAAGAAAGUACUUGACUAAAAUAUAAAAGAAAGCAUAAAUAUUUUUUUAAUGUAUGAAAAUUACAAUUAUAUAGGUAUGGUUAUUAAAAUAGAAAUAAAACUAGCCAUAACUUUUCAACUUUUUGUCACUCAGCAAUGGGAAAGAAAUCUUAAAUCGAUGGAGAUGGGGCAAGAAUAAGAGUCAAAAUGCCACAAAAAUUCAUAGACUUGAAAUGCAAUUCUGAAUCUACUCCAAGUCAGAAAUGCAGAUGAAGAAAAGCAUUUAAAGUCAAGGAACAAUGGAUAUAACUGAAAGCCUGUUCAGAUUAAUGCAAGUCCUUUAUCAUACCAAAGAUUUUUAAGCCAUACUCAAGCCUGAAAUCAGUGUAGAGUUUGGCUUAAAGUCAGUGGCAUGAUAUGAUCGAGAUUUUCAUUAAGCCCAUGUGGUGGUUUUUUACCUAAUUCCUUCUCACUCAUGGCACGCCCCCAAAAAGUCAAUAGUCUUUAAAAGAAAAAGCACAAAGAAGUGCAUCUGGUUUUAACAAGGAACAAAAAAAUAAAUACUCCUAAUAUGAAACUGAUGCUAUUUUUAAUUCUCACCAGUUUCAAAUUGUGAGAAAAAGUUGAAAUAUAUGGCUAACAGUCUGUGAAUUUUUUUUAACUUUAUGUGGUCACUAUGAACAUCCUAAUGUGCAAAAUUUCACAUUUCAUUGUUUUGUUUUGAAAUGAUGGUAAAUUAAGCCCAAAUAGAGAUUCUUGGAACCUAUAGGCUAGAUAGAAUACUUAUGUUCUGACGAAGGUAUAAUCAAUAUAUUUAAAAUGUUUUAUUUUUAGUCUGAAAAGGAAUAGUAAUAAUUUAUUUGGGGACUCAACCUAUACUGGUCCCUCUUUUAAGGAUACUGUUCAGUGCAAAAAAGUCUUCCAAACACCAAACCUUUAUUCAAAACCAACAUUCAUUCCUCCCUCCCCCCAGAAAACAUACUUAAAACAUUAUUGUAACAUAAUUUUAUUGUUUGUCUGUUUGUUUUUGGGGGGGUGGCUUUGUUUCAAUUCACUUUGUUUUGAUUUGGGGGGCAGGGGUAAGGAGGAGGAGAUGAGGCUUUCAAGUGAUUAAGAUUUUUUUCCUCUUGGGUACAAUCCACAAAAAAUAAAGAAUUUGCCUUGAUGAGAUUACUAAUUAUCCAAUUCCUGUGUGCAAGUAGCAUUAAGCAAAGCAACUAGAUUAAAGUUGUCUCGAAAGAAGGAAAAAAGUUAUUAACACAAAGUUUUUACUUAUUCUAAUCCUACACUACACAUUUUGCUUCUCACAGCAUUGAAAUAUUCUACUGGACUAUGACUGUCUGAACACACAGUAUCUGAUAUAUAUAAAUCUUCUUUGAUUUUUUACAUGAAGGGUGUUAUGGAAUAUCUGAAACUUGAUUACAUAUAGUACAGUAUAGAGAUACCAGUCUAGCAGAGACCAAAACAAGAAGGACCUCCCUGAUGCUUACAUUAGGAAAUAUUUUAUUAGUUGCAUAAAGGGUGUGUGUAUGUAUAUAUACACAUAUAUAUACACAAAUAUGUAUGUAUAUGUGUAUAUAUAUAAUGUUGUAAGGUGUGUAUGUGCAUGUGUGUAUGCAUGUGUAUUUUAUGCUUUUCUUCUUUUUCCUCUGAAGUAAAAUUUGAAUUUCUUGGUUUUUACACAUUAUUUCUCAUGGAUUAUAUUCAAUAAUCCAAUUGGAACCUAAUUUUAGAAGAACAUUUUAUAAUAUGGAUGUCACAAGUCAGAUCCUACCUUUGUUUUUUAUGCCUAAAGAAAUGACCUGAUUUUUAAGUCAUAAGACACGAAUUGCUGUCAUCAGGCAAAUCUAUUUAUCUGUUUAAGUACAGAUAUAAAAUACUAACUUUGAGAGCCUUAUUAUGAAAACAUUGAUUUAAAAAUUUUCUUUUAUUUCAUUCUUCUCCAGAUAAAUUCUGUUAAGUGAGAUUUUUUAAGUGUAAGCAUCCCUUCAAAGUAAGAAUAAUGGGUAAUAUAAACAGAGAAGAAUGAAAAUUUCUGUCAUUUAAUUAUAUCACCUCAGUUAUUCACUUGUCAAUUAGAUUUUUUUUUAAGAAUAAUUCAUGCCUCUCUAUAGCACCCUUAAAUAUUUCAGAAGUGGAAAAGACUGAGCACUGUAAAUUCCUAUAUCCCAAAUUAUUUAUAAUAAUUUUUGAUUUCUGUGUAUUCUUCAGUAACUUUUUAUUUUGCCAGCUUGGCUCACAAAAGCAUCAACGUGAUACUUCUGCUGCUAAACAUUCUUUCCCAAAAAUAUUUAACAUACAUACACCCACGUACAAUAUUUACUUACUCACAUUUGAUUGAAGUUCUUAAGAAACAGCAUAAAUAUGGUUGGGAGAUGUUUAAAUUUUUUUUUCCCCACAUUUUAAAGGUAUGAAUCAUUUUUUUAUCUAAAUCAAAGACAUUCCAUCUUACUGUAUUUUACAUUCAUUAGUAUCAUCUCAUUCCUCUAAAGCAACAACAAAAUACCUGCAGAACAAAAAGAACUCUGUCUUGAUAAAUAGGAUCAUGCUUCAUGUGCUUGUGUUAAAGAAAAAGGUUUAACCAGAUAACUAUAUUUACAACUGAUUCAAUGAAAUUCAUAUUUUGUAGUGACAUAUUUAAUUUUGUAAAUGUUAAAAUCAAAUGAAUGCUCCCCUCUUCCUGUUUUAGUGGCAUUAACCUGGUUUAUGGUAUGAAAAAGCCCACUUCAACAAUGAUCAAAGACAAAGGAUCCAAGACCAAUAGACUAAAAUGCUACCAAUGAAAGAGGUACAAGGUGCUUAUUUUGUGCACAGGGAUGAAUUCUAUCUUAAUUUUUUUUUUUUUAGAUUAGAAUUUCAAAUCAAGUUUACAGGAAUACUGCAUAAGAAUUAUAAUACUCUUCAUUAUUUCUACUUAGAGACAAGUUUAAAUAUAAUAAAGCACAUGCAAGUUACACUGCAUGACACAGUAUAUAACUCUUACCUUUUCAUUUAUUACCAUUUCUAAGGAAUUAGUUCUACUGAAUUCUAUAGAAAUCCUGUGCAAGAUGAAAAAACAGUUGCUAAAAGUGUAUAAUGAUAAUAGUUGCCUGAUUAAACUAAGUCUCAUCAAACAUGAGUCAUAAAAUGCUCCACUGAAAGCAUACUGGUACUUCAUAAUGUUCUGAACAUCUUCACCUGUAGCCUGACACUUCACGUUGCUUUUAUCAGAAUGUGAUGGUUCUGUUUCAUAGUUUCUUAAUCCCUGGAGUCUUUGGGUUGAAUAUUAAACAUGUUUAUCAAGCCUCAGGAUUUUAGGAAAUUUAGGAAAGUUAAAGUAAAAGAAGCAGCACCACCUGCUGCUGAUAAUCAAAUCAUACACGAGCUUUCUUUCCUCCCAAGUUAUCUGCAAAGCCACACAGAAGUGCUAAAUGAAGAGAUCAAUAGCACUUGGUUUUCAGGAGGACACCCUUUCCAAUAAGAAUAUUAACUGUACUCCCUUUCUUCAGUGUUGGACUUCAAUUGGUAUCCUGACUAAAACUGGGGUUUCCAUGAUGCAAGCAUGAAUGUGGAUACAUGAAUUUCUGAUUUCACUACUGAAUAAUGCUAGUAUUAACAUUUCAAGUCAUUAUAACCAAACAGUGACAAGUGUUAAAUGUUCAUUCACUAAAAACCAUUUAAACUCUCGAUUAAAGUUCUAACUGGAUUUAUUCUUUCUUUUUUAUUUUCUUGUGCUUACUCAUAAUACAAUGUCACUACUUGAUGACAAAUAAUAUUUCAUACUGUGUAUGUAACAUCAUUGUGUUGCAGAAUCCCCCAAAUACCUCAACAAUGUCUUUGUUGCGCUAUUCUCCCCAUUUAGCACUUAUAAGCUUUUCUAGUAACAACCAAUAAAUCAAAAAACGGAGCUCUUAAUAUGUACAAAUAUUAAAAAAAAAAAAAUCAAGGAUUUUUGCUAGUUUGCAGUUCAUGUAAUGUCAUCUUGACCAUUCUCUUCCCCUCUCUCUACGAGCUGUCUAGAACAGUAAACUUUGCUCCAUAAAUAAUAGUGUAUUCAUGCUUUUAAAGGCUUUUAUAUGCAUUUAUGGUAGGUAAAGGUUGGAAGAGGUAGUUGACUGAUUUUCACUUUUAUCUACUUUGAUUUCAGUAAAGGGCUUUGUCACUCUGUAUACAUAAAGGCUAAUGCACCCUUCGGUUUGUAGAAUGUACUGAAAUGUUUGCAACCCUCUUGGUAUCAGGUCCAAAAUGUGAAGCAUUACUGUUAAGAGGGUAUCUUUCUAAUGUAUUUGUAUGUAUAGUUUACACCUCUGUGAGGUCUAAUAA